AUGUCUUUCGAAGCCUGCGUCAUUCAGUUCUACCUCUAUGGAGCAUCGACCAUCGCAGAGUGUUCUAUUCUUGCUGUGAUGUCUUAUGACCGCUACCUUGCCAUUUGUAGUCCUUUACAUUACACUUCCAUCAUGAACUUUGCAGUUUGUCUCACAUCGGUUACAUGCUCAUGGCUGUUGGGAUUUUCCAUAACACUUUGUACGACUGUGAUGGUGUUUCAGUUGGAUUUUUGCGGUCCUAAUGUUAUCGACCACUUUAUCUGUGAUCUCGUUCCCCUUCUGAAGUUGUCCUGUUCAGACACAUUUGUUGUGGAAGUUGUCAUCUUCGUGCUUUCCAUCCCUAUUAUACUCAUCCCUUUUGUCUUUAUUUUCUCAACGUACGUCAAUAUCUUUCUGGUCAUACUGAAAAUUCCAUUUGCGGCUGGAAGACGAAAGACAUUCUCAACCUGUAGUUCCCACUUGACCUCAGUGAGUGCAUAUUAUGGAACACUGAUCACAAUAUAUAUUGCUCCAAAUAAAUGGGAUAUAAACAAAGCAUUGUAUCUUCUGUACUCUGUCUUUACACCAUUCUUCAAUCCAAUUAUCUAUAGUCUAAGGAACCAGGAUAUUGUUAAAGCAAUUGUGACAUUGAUGAAGUCAAAUAGAAUAAUUUAG